AUGGAUUUGAUGCGCAUUGUAUCUCUGCUUGCAUGCAUAGUGUUUUCCAAUGUUCAAUUAGUGAAAAGCCCUGUAAAGGUACAGCUGCUAGCUGUUGGUACUAAAAUGGAGACAAAUUAUUACGGAAAGUUCGUCAAUAUGACGUGUACAUUCCGGCCAAACCUUUCCCUUGCUAACCAAACCGUAGACUGCGAUAUCGAAAUAUUACGAGACAUUCAAGAUGUGAAGCUUACGGUGACUUACUAUGCUGUUGCGUUGAACAAGCUUGUUCAAACCGUUCUGCUGAAACGAUCGAUUGAUAUGUGCUUCUUCAUACAAAAUCCCCGUUCGGAUCGCUUAGUGAACAGCGUCUACAACUACGUCAAGGUACACAGUAAUUUACCAACCAAAUGUCCCUUGCGUACGGCAAACUACUACAUCCGCGGAAUACGACCCAGUGCUGUACCGAUACCGUCCUUUUUGCCCGAAAGUGAAUUCAUACUAGAGGAAGUCUAUCGCUCGGAAAGUAGGCACGAAACGCUGCUAGAAUUUCGAUUUUAUGGCAAAUUGGUACGAUAUAUAGAAAUGCAAUAA